GAUACUAGGUGUGAAACUGCGGCCGGUUUUUCCUUUCGUGUCGUACUAUUGCAUGCGAUCAUGUCCUAUUCCCACGAUGAAAGAAAUGGGCCGAGCGACUGGGAUCCUGAGAAACGACAGGACCAGGAGUAUGAUGGCCCCCCAGGCAUGGAGCCAGAUGGCAUCAUCGAGAGCAACUGGGAAGAGAUCAUCGACAACUUCGAUGACAUGAGCCUUCGUGAAGAGCUCCUGCGUGGAAUCUAUGCCUAUGGUUUUGAGAAGCCAUCUGCCAUUCAGCAGAGAGCCAUCAUCCCAUGCAUCAAAGGGAUGGACGUAAUAGCCCAGGCCCAGUCGGGCACUGGCAAGACUGCGACCUUCUCGAUUGCCAUCCUCCAGCAGAUUGACACGUCGCUGAAGGAGUGCCAGGCACUGAUCUUGGCACCAACCCGUGAGCUGGCACAACAGAUUCAGAAGGUGGUCAUCGCACUUGGUGACUACAUGAGUGCCCAGUGCCAUGCCUGUAUUGGAGGCACCAAUGUGCGAGAGGACAUCCGCAAACUGGAAAAGGGUGUCCAUGUAGUUGUUGGCACUCCAGGGCGUGUCUUCGACAUGAUCAGCCGGAAAGCCCUCCGAACAAACAACAUCCGUAUUUUUGUGCUGGAUGAGGCUGAUGAAAUGCUUUCCCGAGGGUUCAAAGAUCAGAUCUAUGAUGUCUUCCGGACGCUAAACUCAAACAUUCAGGUUAUCCUGCUUUCAGCUACAAUGCCAUCGGAUGUGUUGGAUGUCACAAAGUGCUUCAUGCGCAACCCCAUCCGAAUUUUAGUGAAGAAAGAAGAGCUUACCCUGGAGGGUAUCAAGCAGUUCUACGUAGCAGUAGAUCGUGAGGAGUGGAAGCUGGACACGCUGUGUGACCUGUAUGAGACCCUGACCAUCACCCAGGCAGUGAUCUUCUGCAACACGAGGCGGAAAGUAGACUGGCUCACAGAGAAGAUGCACGAGCGCGAUUUCACUGUCUCUGCACUGCACGGAGACAUGGGCCAAAAGGAACGGGACGUAAUCAUGCGCGAGUUUCGGUCAGGCUCGAGUCGGGUGUUGAUCACAACUGACCUGCUUGCCCGAGGCAUAGAUGUUCAACAAGUGUCCUUGGUCAUCAACUUUGACCUGCCCACCAACAGGGAAAACUACAUCCACAGAAUUGGCCGAGGAGGACGAUUUGGUCGUAAGGGUGUUGCCAUCAACUUUGUUACUGAGGAAGACAAGCGUACCCUGAAGGACAUAGAGGGCUUUUACAACACAGAGAUCGAGGAAAUGCCCAUGAACGUGGCUGACCUCAUCUAAUGGAGUCCUCCAAAUGACAGCAGUGGGGGAUAGCAGAAAGUGAAAGGGCAGAGUGGGGGGGGAAAAUAUCUGAUCAUCCACCAGCAGCCGAUGGACUUGGCAUCAAGUGAAGACUGAGAAAUGGGGGGGAGGUGUGGCAAGUUCACGGAGUUGCAGCUGUGGCUAGCUGGCUUUCUCUGGCCACUGGCACAGUAGCAACAGCGGAAUAUUGGUUGCAACCACUGAGCCUGUGUAGGCGACUUGUAUUUGGAGCUUAAAAUUUAAUGCAAUGUUUUGCACAUGUAUUCUUAUUGGCUUGUUUCACAAAGCUCCUUCAUUUCCCUUGCAUGGCCAGUGUCCCACCAUUGUUCGCUGCUGUUUGCAUGCAGUGGCCAGGAGUUAGAUCAGCAGUCACCAGCUGUGAUUUUUUUUUUUAUUGAAAAUUUUUCACGUUGGAUGGAUUGUAAUACCGGGGUUUGCCCACGACUGGAAGCCUGUCUAUUCCCCUCCUCCACCUUGCCUCGUUCGUGGCCUGUGUUUCUUUCCUUUUCUUUUUUACUUGCCACGUCAAGGCAAGUUUCACUGAAAGUUGCCUCAGGUGACUCAACUAAAAUGCUAAUGGUGUUAAUAAAAACCAUGGGAGGAGCCCCUUCUUCCCUGUAACACGACCUUGUUGUGUUUCCACUGUCUUCGCACUUUAAAAAAGCUCCUUUCCUUCUUGUGAACUGUUUUACCCCUGAGGAUUGGCGAUUGACAGUGUUCCAGGCUGGACAUUUCGUUGCUGUAUAGCAGCCCAGCUGGGUGUUGGUGCCUGUGCUAGGAGUAUAUGUUGCCAUUUUCUGUACAUAUUGUACGCUUCCAACUCAAUACUGUAACGUUGCUCCAUCAGUUUGCUUUGUAAAAUAGUAGGCAGCAUAUUUAUAUAAAGCCAGGAGAGCGAAUGUUCUUGUCCAAGAGGCCUAGUGUGCGUACUGGAAGAGCAUUCGCCUUUAGUUGCUGGCCACACUGUAGUUCAGUAUUGUUCUAGUAUACUAGUAUUUUCGUGCUUUGCUAACUGUCGCUGUGCAUAUAAAGCCCAGAUUUGUGGAGUGCUAUUCGAACUUUUAUCUGGUUGGACGAGUGAAAAAGGUGUGUUCUCUAUUUUUGUGCCGAGUAUUCGUGGGAGUUCUUGGGGAGACAUUUUGGUACGCCCAAUAAAGCUAAUAUUUGGAGAGUAAA